AUGAACUCGGAGAAUUUGUCGACUCCACUUUUAUUCUCCUUUAUGCGAGAUCCUAUCAGACGAAAAGGCAAAUCCUUUUCGGAGAGUUGUAACAAUGCAUUCAAGAGAUCCACAAUUCCUCCUAAAGCUCAUAGGGCCAAGGGAGUGCGUAUUUGGUAUUCCUGUUUAACACAAAUUAAGAUCACAAUUAGAUAUUGUUUUCAUCCAUUUCACAUUUGCAAAGCAGGUACUUGUAUACAUUCAGUCCCUGAAAUUUUUUAUGUAGUAACCUACCAUGGCAUGUCACUAUUGUUUUUGUUUUCUUGGCGCUUCACUAUUAUCAUAUAUUUAAUGGUAAUGUCCAGCACCAUUUCGAGGGAGACUUGCUAUCUAUAA